GGCUGGGCCCUCUUCGAGCAGAUCGCCCAGCGCUGCGCCGUCGGCGGGGCCUUCGCGGGGCUCGUGGACGUCUUCGGCGACGCGCGGCGGAAACGCAUGCCGUCGCACUUCGUCGGCGCGACGCUCAAGCACCUCUACCUCCUCUUCUCCGAAAAGGACCACUAUUCCCUGGACGACUGGGUCUUUACCAAUGGCGGCCAC